ACCCCAGCAGAUCCCGCAAAAACCACGACAACAAGCAAUACGACAAGACGGCAGGGGCCACAACGGGGAUGGGCGGGAAAGACGCCAAAUAAGAGACAGCAACCCAGACACCCAAAACGCAACAAGUACUCACACCACACAUCCAUACAAUGAUCAACUAAACACAGCCUUAAGAACGAUUCAAACGCAAUCAAC